UUUAGUAAUAGAAACCCUAGAAAAGGUUUCUUCUCCGCUAUCCGGGUGUUCCUGCGGAGAAGUAAAGCGAGGAGGAGAAGAUGCCGGCGGGUCAUGGUUUGAGAUCUCGAACGAGAGAUCUGUUCGCUCGUCCCUUCAGGAAGAAGGGUUAUAUUCCAUUGACAACUUACCUGAGGACAUUUCGGAUCGGUGAUUUCGUCGAUAUCAAGGUUAACGGAGCCAUUCACAAGGGUAUGCCCCAUAAGUUCUACCAUGGCCGCACUGGUAAGGUCUGGAACGUCACCAAACGAGCCAUCGGUGUUGAAGUCAAUAAGCAGGUGCGAAACAAAAUACUCAAGAAACGGAUUCAUGUGCGUGUGGAGCAUGUCCUUCCUUCGAGGUGCACUGAGGAUUUCCGACUACGGAAGAUAAAGAACGAUCAAAUGAAGGCAGAAGCUAAAGCUCGAGGUGAGGUGAUUAGUACAAAGAGGCAGCCUGAAGGCCCUAAACCAGGUUUCAUGGUGGAAGGUGCCACAUUAGAGACUGUCACCCCUAUCCCCUAUGAUGUUGUUAAUGACCUUAAAGGUGGUUACUAGGUGAGCAGUUCCUUGGCGUUCAGUUUUUGUUUUGGUACUUGUGGACGUUUGAUGGGAUUUAGAAUCUUGAGAUUACUUUUUGUUUUUCUGUGGAGAAAAGGACACCUUGUUUGUUAAACUAUCAAUUCUAGAUACAUAUUUUGUCAGAGAUCUCGGGUGAUAAUUUAUAUCGAAUGCAGAUUUUCUCUUAUUGUGAUCA